AUGAUUGUCGCUCACGCUCCAAAAACUUAUUUCGGUUCAGGAGAUAUACAAAAAUCAUUGGGUUCUCUUCCUGGAUUUCCAUGGGCGAAAUAUCCCGGAGAAAAACAUCUCCCAGGGCACAAUUACACCGGUCCAGGCACUAGGUUAGAUCUACGAUUAGACGAAAACGAUAAACCCAAACUAGGGGAAGAAACAGUCAAUAGAGUUGACGCCGCUGCGCUCAAACAUGAUAUUUUAUACAGAAACAAAGACAUAAAGUUUAGACACGAAGCAGACAAACAAAUGAUAACCGAACUUGAAAAUAUUCCAAAUCCAACUUUCAAAGAGAGAAUGGAAAGAGCAUUAAUCAUUAAACUGUUAAAAGCAAAGAUGAAAUUAGUCACAAGUUUUAUUAGAUGCCAACAUUUCAUAUCACGAAGAAUAUUUAAACCAUCGGAAAUUGAAACGAAAAAUGGUAAAUAUGUAGACACCUUUAAAAUGGAAGUAGAAAAUGAUAAGGAUAUCAUUGGAAUCAAAGAUUUAGAUAUGAUAUUGGAGACGGAAAAUCCACCAUCAACCAACAUUGCCAAAAUUCCACGACGCUUACACGUACACGAAAAAAUAGAAUCAACCAGUCACGAGUUUUUACGAACAACAGACUUUGAAUACGUAAAACUAUAUUUUGCUUUAGGUGAAAAAUACACUUCGAUCGAUGUUCAUAAAAGUCAACAAGAAAGAGAGUUUAUAGUGCAUUUAUCGUUUGCCGAAGACUCCAUCCUUGAAGGUGGUGGUUUUAUUUUUAGAGCCAAGAUAAACAUCGAAAAAGAAAAAAUAAAAUAUUCCUAUCAUCUUAACGAGGACCAUACGAAAAAAGAAAUAUCGUUAGUACGCGUAAAUGUUUUUACUUUUAAUACCCGCAAAUAUAAUAAUGCUAGACCAAACAAGCACGCUCUAUAUGAUAUUCCGUGGUUCUAUUUAUCGGAAAUUCACUUAAUUUAA